CACCGUCAUGAAGUACAACCUGGCUCAACCCAACCGAUCUGAGCCCUCCGAUUCCAUGAUGAGGUGCUUUAAAAGUACAACUGCUGCAUGCAUGCAGUACGCUGAUGUCUGAUGGUGGCUUUUCCAUGCACUUGUUGUGGAGUUGGUGUUACUGUUACAUGUGAGGAUUCAGAUUCAAUUGGACUCCGGUGAUCAGCUUUGCUCUUAAAGAUGCCUUCUGGCAUUAAGAGUGCAGGUGGAAUCUUGAUUGGAACCAAGAAAGAGGAGCAAUGGAAGUUGUGGUUUUCAGCUGCUAAUGGUGAUUGAAUGUGAAUGGUGGUAAUAGAAGUGGUAGGCGGACCACAUAACACGAACUGUUGCCAUCAAAGGCCACUGUCACGUCUCCCUUCCCACACAGAUCCAACUCCCCUGUGCUGUUGCCUAUCUCCUGCAGCUCCAGAGCGAACCCUUUCCAUGGAUCACGGUGUCUUCCCAUCUCCCCCGCAACACCUUGAAUGGCCUGCCUUGUAGCUUCGCUUCGAGGUAAAGCAGUCCUAAUCAACAGCGUGCAUCCUCAUGUGGAUGUGGAUGCACCCAUGGCUUCCAGAUGGCCGGUCCGCCGCCGACGCCGCCCGAUAUCGCCGUUCCCGGGUGCACACAGCUGCCAUCCUCGAGUACACACGUCGGCUGCAAAGCCACCUCAUGCGUCGCGAUUGGCGGGCGAUCACGCGUGAUUCGUGGGCGCAGCCAAAGCUGGCUGGGACGCCAAUCUACUCCCUGGUUUCCUGAUCUCUCAAUCUCCAUUGGCACUGGACUUGUGCUCACGUCAAGGACACGAAGCAUGUUUCAUGUACAGAGGAAACUGGCGAACAAGUGGCGAUGACAGCGUGCGUCGUCAAGGUCUUGAGGUCCCUCACGUUUUACCUCAAGUGCGGGGAACGCACAAAUAGACCUCGUUUUCGACGUGAGACAUGUAGGCCAUGGAGCCUCUCCUACAAAUACCCCCGACGGAUGUUGCACUUGGUGCCCAUGUCGACCCAGAAAUCGAGGAUCAGCGACGAGGAAAUCAACGAGCUCGUCUCCAAGCUGCAGUCUCUGCUCCCGGAGUCUCGCCGCAGGAACCUGAGCAGGGCGUCGUCGGCGUCCAAGUUGCUGAAGGAGACAUGCAGCUACAUCAAGAGCUUGCACCGCGAGGUGGCCGACCUCAGUGGCCGGCUCUCCCAUCUGACGUCGACGUUGGACCCCGACAGCCCUCAGGCUGAGAUCAUCGGGAGCAUCCUCGGGUCCUGAGCAGAGCUUCUCUGCUGUUGCUGGCGUGAAGAAGGGUUAUAAAUCUCAGCGAGAGUAACUUCUGAUUGAUGCAAACCAAAUCCUCCAGCGGUUGCUAUUGUCAUCGUGUUUCUGUAUACAUAUCCAAAGAUUAAUCCAUUUCUUCUCACUCUA